AUGCCGCUGUCUCUCCGCGUUGAGAAGUUCGGCCCGGGGAAGCUGGUCCGCCUGCACUCGCCCGCCCUCCGCUGCGCCUUUGCCACGCUCGGGGCGUCCAUCAACUCCGUCAAGGUGUGGGACGCGCAGAGGUCCCGGUGGGUGGAGGUGAACUGCGCCUACCCGGGCCCCGAGGAGAGCGCAGAGGACACGGACUACAUGGGCUCCACCGUGGGCCGCUACGCCGGACGCGUCAGCGAGGGGAGGCUAACGCUGAAUGGGGAGGAGGUUCACGUGUCGCGGAAGCCGGGCAGCCGGCACUCCGUUCACGGCGGCGCGGCGGGGUACGACAGGCGCCAUUGGUCGUUCCUCCCGGUGGAGACGGCAGAGGUGGUGGGGGUGCGGUUCAGCCUGGGAUCGCCGCACAUGGACCAGGGCCUCCCCGCCGAGCUGCGCAUUUUCGUCUUCUACUACAUUGAGCGGAAGCGUCCCGCGGCGCUGCACACGGAGUUCUCGGCUUUUAUUCCCGAAGGCUCCCCCGCCGACGCCACUGUGGUGAAUGUCUUUAACCACGCCUACUGGAACCUGAACGGCGUGCCGGACGGAAACACGGCGGAUAACCCGCGCUGGACGCAGCCGGAGAAGGUGUACAACAUGGUGCUCAAGAUGCCGUGCAGCCGCGUGUUGGAGGGCGACUCUGCGGCAAUCCCAACAGGGGCACUGAAGGAUGUCACGGGCACGUGCCUGGACUUCCGCCGCGGCAAGCCACUCGGUGAGGACAUCGACAACAAAGCCUUCCUUGACCGCGACCCGUGCGGCUACGACCACCCCUUCUGCGUCGAUGGCUGGGAGGAGGCGUCAAAGCACCGGAUGCUGCUCAACGCGGAGCUGUACAGCCCCUCGUCGCGGAUCCAGAUGAAGGUGUACUCGACCUUUCCCUGCAUCUGGAUGCACACCGUGAACGGCAAGCCGGGGGACGCGAACGGUGAGCGGGGGAAGCGGUACGGCCGCCACACCUCUCUGGGGCUGGAGCCGCAGUACCUGCCCGACAGCCCGAAGCAGCCGACGUUUCCGUCCACGGUGCUGCGGCGGGGCGAGGUGUACCGUGAGAGGCAGGUGAACGAGUUCGCCGUGCUCGGCGGCGCGCACAUGUAG